UUCAAGCUGAGCGGCCGUUGGCGGUGUGGUGGUUGUCCUGUUUCGGGAUGGAGGCGCUCACUUUUCCUCAAUACACCCCCGACGAUAUCAUCACUUACCUCCGCGGCCUCAUCCUAACCGGCGCCGAGGCCCGGAACCUGGUCAAGGGCGACGUGUUUGGCAACCCUAAGCUUGAAGUUUUACAUAUGAUUUACAUGAGAGUCCUGCAGAAAGUAUGUGGAAUUCGUCUGGAGCAUUUUUACAUGAUGCCACUCAACACAAGUGUAAUGUAUCCACAAAUAUUUGAAGGCUUUCUACCUGUUUGUAACUUGUAUAUUCACAUGGAGCGGUUACUUCCGGUGUGCCAGAUUAAUGAUUUUCAAAUUGCUGAUGUCUUAAACCCAAAAACAAAGAGGACAGUUCGCUUCUUGAGUGGUAUUCUCAACUUCAUGCAUUUCAGAGAAUCUCGACGUGAGGUCUACUUGGAGUUACAACAGAACUAUAAAGCAGCUAUGGAGAAACACCAACAACUGGAAACUGCAAAUCGGGAGGCAGCAGCAAAGCUGGAGAAACUGAACACUGUUCCGGUUGAACAUCAAGCAGAGGUCAAGCAACUGACAGAUAACAUUCGAGAACUGGAACAGCUGCUAAGGCAAGACUAUCGCCGAAAACAAACAGCUUUGCAAGAAGUGAUUGCACAGAAGAAGUCAGCUAUUGCAGAGAGUACCCGAAAACUGAAUGAGCUUAAAGUGAUAAUGGCUACUUUGAAAGAAGAACAAGAGCAGCUAAAAUCAAAAAUCGUGGAGAGUCCAGAGGAACUGAAAAAUUACAAAGAAAUGAUGAAAGAGACUGUUAAUAAACUCAAGAGAUCCAAGCAAGAAGUUAUUGAGAAAUAUGAAGGUUAUAGAGACCUAGUUGAGGUUCUGCCAUCAUGCCAACUGGAGGUGCAGUUAUAUCAAAAGAAGAUGGAAAGACAUGGAGCAAAUGUGGAAAGACUGACCAGUAUAUUAUCAGAGGUCAGUGAUCUGGAGGACCAGCUUGAGAGUACUCAGAUGGAGCUGAAUAAGGGGACGACAGAUGAAACAUCCUUAAAGAGACUGGUCACUGCAAAACAUGAGAAGCUGUCUACAGCUGAAAUAAGGAUACAAAAGAAGCGUGAAGAUGUUGAGCAAUAUAAGCACACUGUAUUUGAAUAUUGUAACAGAGUUCAGGAGAAGAGAGAUGUUGUAUAUGAUAAAGUGAUGGCCAUUCAAAAAGAAAUCCACCAGACAAGGUUCAAAAUCCAGCAACUGAAUGAUAAUGCUGAAAAACAAGAAAGGAAAGCUAAGGAAAUAUGCCUACAUCUGAAGGCUUGUUUGGAGAAGCAUCAUGACUCUCUCAUUAAGACAGCAAAGAGUUACACAGCCUCACAUGAAGAUAAAGUUGCUGAACUGGAGAAGGGGCUGCUCAGAGUUCAGACUUCUGGAAGUAGUUCGUAGACCUGUCUUCACUUGUAUUCCACUUUCAUUAUGUUUAUCCUUGUAUCUGAACUGAAGAGCUUGUGCUUUGUGGCAUGGAUAAUUAAUAACUUGAUUUUUUUUUU